AUGACAAACACCAAGCAGGGAAGCCAUGGAGUGAAGGAAGGUAUCCGUGCAAACAAGAGCCGAGUUCAGUUUGCCAAAGAACACAUAAACCGCCUAUUCCAGUCAGCAAAAGCCAUGUACAUGGACCUCGGCCUGUCCAAAGGAGAUCUUCUCGACCUCAUCCACGAAACGCUUGAUGCGAAUGACAUGGGUGACGAUGAACAUGUUCACAUCCGCCUUGUCGUUAGUCGUGGUCUGAAGGCUACACCCUACCAAAACCCCAAAGUUAACAUCGGCCUUCCUCUUAUCGUCAUCAUUCCCGAGUCCAAGGCUGUUGAUCCCGACUCCAAGUCAAGAGGCUUGAGACUUGCGACAACAUGGGUCCGCCGUGGCCCGCCUGACGUUAAGGACGAGCAGUGGAAUCAUAUCUCAAAAGCCACGGAUGUUCAAGCUUGUAUUCACGCUAAUGUGAUGAACGUCGACGAAGCACUGAUGCUUGACCUACGGGGUUUCGUCAAGACAUGCAACUCAGUCAACUUCUUCAUCGUUCGUGGUGAUGAAGUCUGGGCGCCUACCAAGGAUAACCAGAUGCAAGGAAUUACUCGUCAAAAGACCAUUGACGUCUGUCGAGCCAACGGCAUCACUGUUCGAGAGCUUGACUUUACUCUCACCGAGGCAUAUGGCGCAGAUGAGGCUUUCUGUACAGGGACUUUCCCAUCACAGAUCCAUGUCACUGAGAUCGAUGGCCGAGUGAUAGGUGAUGGCAAGAGAGGACCCGUCACCGAAAGGAUACAGCAACUGUACUCGGAGCUUGUGAGGAAAGACGUGGAGAGGUCGAGAGAGGAGAUCAAGGCGGAAGUGGUUAGUCCACGAGAUUUGUCGUUCUUGAAGUCAAAACUAUAG